AUGAGAUUCACUCAACUCCUUCCUUGCUUGCUUGCACUUUCAGCUCCAAUCUGGGCUAAAUUCGAAGACACCACUCCACCAAUUGAAAUUGUUGGUAACAAGUUUUUCUACUCCAAUAAUGGCUCACAAUUCCUUAUGCGCGGUAUUGCUUAUCAAGAAGAUACUUCCUUAAUUGCCAAUUCAAAUCUCACUUAUAAGGAUCCAUUAGCCGAUGUUGAAGCUUGUAAGCGAGACGUGGAACAUUUCAAAGCUCUAAAUACCAAUUGUUUGAGAGUUUAUGCUAUUGAUCCUGAUUUAGACCAUGAUGAGUGUAUGGAACUUUUAAGUGAAGCUGGCAUCUAUAUCAUUGCCGAUUUGUCCCAACCCAAAACCUCAAUCAACCGUAACGAUCCGCUGUGGGAUUUGGAUCAUUAUGAAAGAUACACGGAGGUUAUUGAUAAAUUGAGUGAGUACUCCAAUGUCUUGGGGUUUUUCGCUGGUAAUGAAGUGACCAACAACAGGUCAAAUACUGAUGCUUCACCAUUUGUAAAAGCCGCAGUUAGAGACAUGAAAAAGUAUAUUGAAGACUCCAAUGGAAUGAGAAAGGUCCCCGUUGGUUACAGUUCAAAUGACGACGAAGAUACUAGAAUUGCCAUUGCUGAUUACUUUGCUUGUGGAUCAGUUGAAGAAAGAGCUGAUUUCUUUGGCAUCAAUAUGUAUGAAUGGUGUGGAAAUUCCACUUUUGCCACUAGUGGUUACAGAGAUAGAACCGAAGAAUUUGAGCAUUUACCUGUACCAAUUUUCUUCUCAGAAUAUGGUUGUAAUGAAAAGAGACCAAGAUUAUUCACCGAAGUUCAAACUUUGUAUUCACCUUUGAUGUCUGAAGUAUGGUCUGGUGGUAUCGUUUACAUGUAUUUCGAAGAAGAUAACGAAUAUGGAUUGGUUUCCAUCAGAGGAUCAUCAGUUUCAAUCUUGGAUGACUAUAAAUACUACAGUUCAGAAAUUAACAACAUAAGUCCUAGUUAUGCAAGAGCAUCCGAUGAAAGCACCGCAGCAACCCUGACCAUCACAUGCCCUGACACCGAUAGUACAACUUGGCAAGCAUCAGCAGAUUUGCCCCCAACCCCUGAUAAGGACUUUUGUGAUUGUAUUGCCAAAUCCUUUGAAUGUGUGGUUGCCGAAGACGUGGAUGAAGAUGACUAUGGUGAGAUUUAUGCCGAUGUUUGUGGUAGAAUUGAUUGUUCCGAUAUAAGUGUCAAUGGAACAUCUGGAGACUAUGGUGAUUACUCAUUCUGUUCACAUCGUGAUAAAUUAUCAUUUGUUUUAAACUUGUAUUACCACGAUCAAAAUGAAAAUAGCAAUGCUUGUGACUUCAACGGAAGCGCAUCGAUUAACAGAGAUGCUGAAUCAACUUCAAGUUGUGGAGUUGGGUCAAGUAGAAGAUCACAAGGUACUGCAACUUCGACAACCAGCAAUUCUCAAUCCACUACAUCCGGGUCAAGAUCAAACACUAAUGAAGCAAAUAACAGCCACAUUCCCAAUAUGUCCAACUUCAAGUUGGUAACCUAUGUGAGUUUAGUCACUGCUAUUGUUGGUGGGGUUUCAUUUAUUCUUUAA